AUAUAUUGUAUGAUAUAAUAUCGUUUUAAUAAUGUUUUCCGGUACGGUUUAUAUUUUUAUUGCAGCCGAUGUAUAUAAAUGAGACCAUCGAAACGUUCUCACAAUUAUUAUUGAUAUACGACGUCGUCGAUACGAUCGCGGUGAAUCUUGAAGACCUAUAACGGGCUUAUACACAUUCUCCGACACACUCGACGAAAAAAUAAAUUAUGCGUUCGAUUAUUUCACUCGUGAUUUUUAUUUCAUCCGUCACAUGGGUGGCCGCCGCAAUCCACACGGCUUUUGCCGAAUCGUCUUACGAGAAUUUUUCGUCAAGAGCUCGAAAAUUAGUUCAAAAAACGAACUACGACAACUGGUCGAGAAGUAGAAAGACCGCUGAUAUCAAUUACAAAACGGACAUACCGAAAGAAUUCGAUGCGCGACAGUACUUCAUCAGUUGUGCAAAUGUCAUCGGUGACGUCAAGGACCAAGGAAACUGUGCUUCCAGUUGGGCUGUAGCAGUAGCUUCGACAUUCACGGAUCGGCUUUGUAUAGCGAGCAACGGGAAGUUCACCGACAACUUGUCCGCACAAAACCUUAUGUCUUGCGGCGAUGAUGAAAAAUUGGGUUGCGACGGUGGUUCGGCGUAUAAAGCUUGGGAAUUCACCAUGGGCAAAGGAAUAGUGACUGGUGGUCCCUACGAUUCCAAUGAGGGUUGCCAGCCGUAUAAAAACAGACCCUGUGACCAUUAUGGCGACAGUAGCCUGACAAAUUGUUCGAGUCUCCGUAGAACGCAAAUGAUGUUUUGCAGAGAUAAGUGUGUCAACAAAAACUAUAAAGUUAAAUACGAAGACGAUUUGUAUAAAACUUCGGUCGUUUACAUGACUUCGUGGACGAACGUCAAACAAAUCCAACAAGAGAUUAUGACUUACGGUCCUGUGACUGCGUUCAUGUACGUGUACGAGAAUUUUAUGGGUUACAAAGAAGGAGUCUACAAGUCUACAGCCGGUGAACUUAUAGGUUACCAUCAUGUCAAGUUGAUCGGAUGGGGCGUCGACGAGGCUGGCAUUGAAUACUGGUUGGCGAUGAAUUCGUGGAAUUCAAACUGGGGAAACGAUGGACUUUUCAAAAUUCUCAGAGGAUACAAUUUCUGUUCAAUCGAACUCUUAGUGAUGGCCGGCCUCGUUGACGUUUCUCAAUAAUAAUACUAUAGUAAUAAUAAUAAUAAUUUUAUGUCCUUCUCAUCAUAAUAUUUUUAUUAUUAUUAUUAUUCACAUAAUUUAUUUUAUUAUUUAUUUGUAUACCUAAUUGUUUUCGACGAUUGUAUCAUAGUAUAUUUUAAUGAGUGUGUAAAUUUAAAUAUUUCUCCAUGUACAUUUUAAAAUAAAUGACUGUAUAGUGUAUAUAUACUAUAAUAUUUUGUAUAACAUGACGCAUUGGCUGAUAUAAUAAUAUGAUACAUGUUAUACGGAGCUAAUUUAUUUGAUAUUUUCCCGCUGUAAACCAUAUAUUAUUAUGUAAACUUUUUUUGUACAAAUAUAAAUUUAAUCGAAAAAA